AUGGCUUUCAGCACGUGCGCAGCGUUCAUCGCCUUCGCAGUGCUAUCUGUCCUAGGAGGGCAAGGGAUGCCCAUCCGCGGUAGCCAUGUUACCACGCUUACCAUGCAUGACGGCAGCAUUGGGGAAAUCGCUCGCAAAGUCAAGAUGCUCUCCGACAACGGCCGCGCACAACACAUAACGGAACGCGAGCUGGACUAUCGGCGCACGUGCGCCGGAUUGCACCAGCCGCUGGAACGCCUGCGCGUGCAUGCCGUAAAGCAGCGCUUAGACCCCAAGAUCCAUAUCCAACUGGAUCGUCAAUUCCUGGAGCGGGGCUCGGGCGACUGGUUCAACGUCUCCUGGUCAGGUGUUACCGACCCAAGAUACGACGACUGGAUCGCGCUCGUUGCACCCUCUGACGCCAACCUCUCCGAAACCGCCCCUGCCAAAUGGAAGUUUGCGGCGGGGGACCCCAAACACGUUAUCACUGGAAGCGGCUCUCUCAGGUUCCGGUUGAUCAGCUACCGGGCGGAUGUUGCAUUUGCCCUCAUGCGCAACGGCUUCGACACUCCCCAGGAGGUGGCCCGUAGCCAACCCAUCAAGCGCUCCCUGUCAUCAAAGCCGUGCAGCUCCGCCGGCGCUGUCACCGUCAGGCUGUUGAACCCCAACGAACCUCUCCAGGUGCAUCUGGCGCUGACCGGCAGCCCUAGCGAGAUGAGAGUGCAGUGGAACACGAGGGAGGCGGGCUCAACACCUCAAGUGCGAUGGGGACCCAAAUCCGUCAAGUACGACGACCGGGACGGCUUGGGCUUUGCCGGCGGCAGCGACGGGCCGGCGUACCCCUCAACGGCGGCGGCGGAUACGAGCCGGUACGGCAUUGAGGAUUUGUGCGGCGGCGCGGCGACCUCGGCGGGCUGGGUGGAUGCCGGUCACCACCACGUGGCGCUUCUGACCGGACUCAGACCAGCCACGCGCUACUAUUACCGAGUGGGAGAUCCGGACGGCGACGGGGGCUGGAGUCCGGAGUUCUCGUUCCUGAGCUCCCCUGAGAUCUCCCCCGAUGAGACGGUUCACAUACUGGCAGUGGCCGAUAUGGGUCAGGCGGAGGUAGAUGGUUCUCUGGAGGGCAGCGAGAUGAUACCGUCGCUGAACACCACGCGGCGCAUGAUUGAGGAGGCAGCGGCCUCUCCCUACUCAUUGCUGUUGCAUAUCGGCGAUAUCUCCUACGCCAGGGGCUACAGCACCCAGUGGGACAAUUUCAUGCAUCAGAUCGAGCCACUUGCUGCUCGGAUGCCGUACAUGGUGGCACCUGGCAACCACGAGCGCGACUGGCCUGGCUCGGGCGACUUUUUCGGGGUGGAGGACAGCGGCGGGGAGUGUGGUGUGGCGUACGAGAGACGCUUCCCCAUGCCGUACCCGGGUAAAGACAAGCAAUGGUAUGCCUUCGCGUACGGGCCAAUAUUUUUCAUCCUCUACAGCACCGAGCAUCCUGUCGGCCCAGGCUCUGAGCAGUACGAGUUCAUCGUACAGGCCCUGCGUGGCGUCGACCGACGGCGAACUCCCUGGCUGGUGGUGGCGGGCCACCGCCCAAUCUACGUGGCCUCCACCAACGCCAACUGGCCGGAUGGCGACCAGCCGGUGUCCGAGCUCCUGCGAGAUGCCCUGGAGGACCUCUUCCUGGAGCAUGCGGUGGACAUGACGCUACAGGGGCACCACCACAGCUACCAGCGUACCUGCCCCCUGUAUCGCGGUGUCUGCCAGCCGAGUAACGACGAUGGCACGGCAGCGGCACCCGUGCAUGUCGUAUUGGGUCAUGCUGGCGCCGGCCUCAGCCUGAACAUUGUCGACCCGCUACCCGCCUGGUUGGAGAACUUGGGGCUUUGGUGGGGCUACGUGCGGAUGAAGGUCAGCCGGUCACAGCUGCUUGUUGAGGUGGUCGGGGAUGACGACGGGCACUUUAUGGACAGCUUUGAGCUGCGCAAACCGGCAAACUGGGGAAAGAAGUACAUGGAAGUACACACGCGGAGUCUUUGAGCAGUCUUGCUCUGUUGGGUGUGGUUGUGCAAGAUAACUGAGGGUUGAUUGGAAGUGUGCAGCAAGCGACGUUGUUUCUUCUUUUUCGUUGCCCCGCGUAAGAUCAGGCACACGGGGACAUGUUGGACUGAUUUAUUAGAUUAGGGAGUGUUAAUAGAUUUACUAGAGCUACGUAGCUUUCUCUCUUGUAUUCCUGUGUCGUGAACCAUUUGUGAACGCUAGCAAACCAGCAGCUCGAGCAUAAAUGUUUGUCUAUACAGCACAUGAGUAAUACUGUCGUCGAAAAGUAUGUAUGUAAAUUACUCAAGU